AGUGCCAGUGGGUGAGUCGGCGGCCGAACCAGCCGGGCCGGUAUAAGAGCGGGAGGGGGCGGCCCGCGGCAGACGCCUGAAGACUGUCCCAGACGGCAGAGCCCGAACCGCAGAGCCCCGCGCCUCUUCCGCCCAAGACCCGUCCGCGCUCCUAGGCGCCGCCAUGGGCCCGGGCCUCGCGCUGCCGUCGCCACGGCUGCAGCUGCUUCUGCUGCUGGUUCUGGCGGUGGUGACCGGCCGCGCGGCCGCGCAGGAAAACUGCACGUGCCCCACCAACAAGAUGACCGUCUGCAGCCGGGGCGGCCCGGGUGGCCGCUGCCAGUGCCGCGCGAUCGGCUCGGGCUUCGAGGUCGACUGCUCCACGCUGACCUCCAAGUGCCUGCUGCUCAAGGCGCGCAUGGGCGCCCCCAAGAGCGGCCGCGGGCUGGUGCGGCCGAGCGAGCACGCGCUCGUGGACAACGACGGCCUGUACGACCCCGACUGCGACCACGAGGGCCGCUUCAAGGCCCGCCAGUGCAACCAGACGUCGGUGUGCUGGUGCGUGAACUCGGUGGGCGUGCGCCGCACGGACAAGGGCGACCUGAGCCUGCGCUGCGACGAGCUGGUGCGCACCCACCACAUCCUCAUCGACCUGCGCCACCGCCCGGCCGCCCACGCCUUCAACCACUCGGACUUGGACGCCGAGCUGCGGCGGCUCUUCCACGAGCGCUACCAGCUGCCCCCCAGGUUCGUGGCGGCCGUGCACUACGAGCAGCCCACCGUCCAGAUCGAGCUGCAGCAGAACGCGUCGCAGAAGUUCGCCGGAGACGUGGACAUCGCGGACGCCGCCUACUACUUCGAAAGGGACGUCAAGGGCGAGUCGCUGUUCCUGGGCCGCGGGGACCUGGACAUGCGCGUGCGCGGCGAGCCUCUGCUGGUGGAGCGGACCCUCAUCUACUACCUAGACGAGAAGCCCCCCCAGUUCUCCAUGAAGCGCCUCACGGCCGGCGUCAUAGCCGUCAUCGUGGUUGUUGUGGUGGCCCUCAUCGCCGGCGUGGCCGUCCUGGUGAUCAGCAACCGGAGGAAGUCGGGGAAGUACAAGAAGGUGGAGGUCAAAGAACUGGGGGAGUUGAGAAAGGAACCGAGCUUGUAGGUACCGGCGGGACAGGGGGUGGUGGGGUACCGGACUGCGCCAGGUUCCCAGACCAAAGUGAGGCACGGACGCUUCUUCUUUCUUGGCCCAAAGAAGACAUUUGUUCUCCCAUAUUCCUGCCUCUCCUGCCCCAUCAAGUUUAAUAGAUUAUGGUUUCAGGGUCACCUCUCUUUCUGACUUCCGUCUUGAAGGAAGCAUUUCUAAAAUUCCUUCCCUUUCGGUCCAACAAGAAACCUGACUCGAAGAGCUAUGAAGUUUGGCAUAGGGUUACAUAUGAGCACCAAGAGUCUGUGUGACAACCCAGCGUCGUUUUCAAGUGACUCGUCGGUGCUGAAGGCUUAUUAUAUGCGUUUAGGUGGGAAACAGCGCUUUUACUGUCUUGGAUUUAAGUUACUUGAUUAGCUCCGCUUGUAUCCUGGCCUUCCUGAUGAGAAGAGGAAUUAGCUAAUUGAGCCCCUGUAGUGUCCUCAUUUUACUAUCUUUUGUCUGACGGACCACAUAUGCUUGUCACCUGGAAAGAAGUCUGUUUCAGUUACUGAACACAUUUUUUAGAUGUCUGCGUUUGAGGGCAGACUCCGCCCCAGAAACUCAGCGUCUGGUGGUCUGCUCGUCCUUAUUACAGCUGAUAUUAGUAAUGUUUCUUUUGUAAAAUGUUUGUACAUAUGUCGUCUUUGAUAAUGCUGCUGUGAUUUUUUUAAACACAGAUUUAAUAAAAUAUGGAAACGGCACAAACCAAAAAUGGAGUUUGUGAAAACUUUUCCCAG